AUGGUGAAUCUGGAGCCCUUGCACACAGAGAUCAAGAUGAGUGGGGAUGUCGCAGAUUCAACGGACACCCACAGCACUUUCAGCCAGGUGGAGUCAGGAAAUGACCGAAAUGGCCUCGAUUUCAACAGACAGAUUAAGACAGAGGAUCUGGGUGACUCUCUACAGCAGACCCUUUCUCACAGGCCAUGCCACCUGAGCCAAGGGCCUACCAUGAUGCCUGGAAACCAAAUGUCUGGGGACAUGGCUUCUCUCCAUCCACUCCAACAGCUUGUGCUGGUCCCUGGCCACUUACAAUCUGUAUCCCAGUUCCUGCUUUCCCAGACCCCACCUGGGCAGCAAGGUCUGCAGCCGAAUCUUCUCUCCUUUCCACAGCAACAAAGCACUCUACUCCUCCCACAGACAGGGCCUGGCCUCGCCUCCCAGGCAGUUGGGCGCCCUGGGCUGUCGGGAUCCUCUCUAGAGCCCCAUCUGGAAGCACCUCAACAUCUGCCAGUGCCCAAGCAUCUACCUGGCCCUGGAGGGACUGACGAGCCCAGUGACCUGGAGGAGCUGGAGAAGUUCGCCAAGACCUUCAAGCAGAGGCGCAUUAAGCUGGGCUUCACACAGGGAGACGUGGGAUUGGCGAUGGGAAAGCUGUAUGGCAAUGACUUCAGCCAGACUACCAUCUCCCGAUUCGAGGCCCUCAAUCUGAGCUUCAAGAACAUGUGUAAACUCAAGCCACUGCUGGAGAAGUGGCUGAACGAUGCAGAGUCCUCCCCAUCAGACCCUUCAGCAAACACACCCAGCUCCUACCCCACUCUCAGCGAAGUGUUUGGCCGGAAGAGGAAGAAACGGACCAGCAUCGAGACCAACAUCCGCCUGACGCUGGAGAAGCGAUUUCAGGAUAACCCUAAACCCAGCUCAGAAGAGAUUUCCAUGAUUGCAGAGCAGUUAUCCAUGGAGAAGGAGGUGGUAAGGGUCUGGUUCUGCAAUCGACGGCAAAAGGAGAAGCGAAUCAACUGCCCUGUGGCCACGCCCAUCAAGCCCCCCAUCUACAACUCCCGGCUGGUCUCUCCCUCAGGGUCUCUUGGUGCCCUCUCCAUCCCUCCUGUCCACAGCACCAUGCCUGGAACAGUAACGUCAUCCUGCUCCCCUGGGAACAACAGCAGGCCUUCGUCUCCUGGCUCGGGACUCCAUGCCAGCAGCCCCACGACAUCUCAAAAUAACUCCAAAGCAGCAAUGAACUCCUCCUCUGGCUUUAACUCCUCGGGACCGUGGUACCGUUGGAAUCAUCCCACCUACCUCCACUGA